GGAGGCGUCGCCUCGUAGCAAGACCUUUGACCCGCGCUCUGCAGCCUCAGAGGCGGAGCAGCUGGGACUCCCGAAGAGGCGUUCGUGGCCGCGGGUCGCAGCCGCGAUGGAGGAUUCUGCUCAAGAUGCGGUGGCUGCAGCACCCUCCGGGACCCCGAAAUCCAAGCUAGAAACAUUGCCCAGAGAAGAUCUCAUCAAGUUUGCCAAGAAGCAAAUGAUGCUGCUACAGAAAGCCAAAGCGAGGUGUACAGAAUUAGACAAAGAAGUCGAAGAACUCAAAUCAAAACCUGCUGAUGGAGGAACCGAUGACAUUAUUAAGGUACUAACUGAACGCUUGGAUGCUCUUCUUCUGGAAAAAGCAGAGACUGAACAACAGUGUCUGUGUCUAAAAAAAGAAAAUAUUAAACUGAAGCAAGAGGUUGAGGAUUCUGUCACUAAACUGGAAGAGACACAGAAAGAGUUUGAACAAUCACAUAGAAACUACGUACAAGAAAUUGAAGACUGUAAAAGUGAGCUGGCGGCAGUGCACUCCGAGCACAGCAAAGCAAAGGCCACCUUACAGAAAGAACUGGAAGAAGCAGCCCGUACGCAAGCAGAGCUCAUAGAGCAGCUUAAGUCUCAGAGUGACUCUGAAGAGAAUGUUAAAAAACUGCAGGAAGAGAUUCAAAACAUUACAGCAGCAUUUAAGGAACGAAUUUUAUGUCUAGAAAAGCAAUUAGAAGCGACCAGCGAUGAAAAACAGCAAGAGAUUAGUCAUCUCCAGAAAGUCAUUGAGGACAAUGCUCAGCACUACCAAAAAGAUAUGGAUACUUUCCAAGAAGAGAUUUUGCAGCUGAGAGCUACACACAAAGAAGAAGUUAAUGAGCUGAUGUCUCAAAUGGAAACAUCAGCUAAAGAACACGAGGCAGAACUAAGUAAGCUAAAAGAGAGCAGAGGGUCACAGUGUGAGGCAAGCGAGAACAUUCCAGAGAAAUACCAGUGUGAAUCAGAAAACUUAAAUGAAGGCUCCUCAGAUGCAAGCCAGGAGAGUCAAGAUUGUUCUGUGGCCUUACAGGAAGAGCCUUUUGCAGAGCAAAUAGUAUGUGAUAAAGUCAGACAAUUGGAAGAUUCUCUAAAAGAACUGGAAUCUCAACAUAGUAUCUUAAAAGAUGAAGUGACUUAUAUGAAUAAUCUCAAGUUAAAACUUGAAAUGGAUGCCCAGCAUAUAAAGGAUGAGUUUUUCCAUGAACGAGAAGACUUGGAGUUUAAAAUUAAUGAACUGUUGCUGGCUAAAGAAGAACAGGGCUAUGUAGUAGAAAAAUUAAAAUACGAGCGAGAAGAUUUAAAUAGACAGCUCUGCAAUGCUGUAGAACAACAUAACAAAGAAAUACAGCGUCUUCAGGAACAUCAUCAGAAAGAAAUCUCUGAACUAAGUGAGACAUUUAUGUCAGGUUCAGAAAAAGAAAAGUUAGCAUUAAUGUUUGAAAUACAGGGUCUUAAGGAACAGUGUGAAAAUCUACAACAUGAAAAGCAAGAGGUAGUUCUAAAUUACGAGAGUUUACGAGAGAUGAUGGAAAUUUUACAAACAGAACUUGGAGAAUCUGCUGGAAAAAUAAGUCAAGAGUUUGAAACAAUGAAGCAACAGCAAGCAUCUGAUGUUCAUGAGCUUCAACAGAAGCUAAGAACUGCUUUUAAUGAAAAAGAUGCUCUUCUUGAAACUGUGAAUCGCCUCCAAGGAGAAAAUGAAAAAUUAUUAUCGCAACAAGAAUUAGUACCAGAACUCAAAAAUACGAUAAAGAACCUGCAGGCAGAUAGUAGCAUGUACUUAGCCAAUCUUAGUCAAAAAGAUACCCUGUUACAAGAAUUAGAAGCAAAGAUAAGUUCUCUUGCUGAAGAAAAAGAUGACUUUAUAAGUAAAAUCAAAACUUCCCAUGAAAAGAUAAAUGAUCUCCAACAGAAAUGGGAAUGGGAACAGAGACUGUGUGUAGAACUCAGGGAAACAGCAGGGCAAGCUGCCCAGCAAAACAGUGAACUGAGACAAAGAAUAAGUGAAUUAACAGGGAAACUAGAUGAGAUGUUAAGAGAAAAGAGUCAAAACGACCAAAACAUUAUGGGUCAAAUGAAAACUAUGACUGAAGACCAAGAAGCGUUGUCAUCUAAAAUCAAGUCUCUUUAUGAAGAAAACAAUAGACUACAUUCAGAAAAGGUCCAGCUGAGCAGGGAUUUAGAAGUUCUUCAGUCUCAACAAGAUUUUGCCUAUAAAGAACAUGUUGCUGAACUCGAAAAGAAACUCCAGUUAAUGGUUGAAGAGCGAGAUGAUUUAAAUAAACUGCUCGAAAAUGAGCAAGUUCAGAGGUCGUUUGUCAAAACUCAGUUGUGUGAGUAUCUUAGGCAGAUGAGGGCAAGCGUCCAAGAAGAAAAGGAAGAGGGAGAUGUUGUCAAAGUCCUGCAAGCUGUGGCUGAGUCCUUAGUGAAAGUAAAGGAAGAAAAACAUGACCUGGCCUGUGAAUAUGAUGCGCGAGUAUUAGAAUUAGAAAGUAAGAUUAAGUGCCUUCAAGAGGAGAGUGUAGUUCAGUGUGAAGAACUGAGGGCUCUAGUUAAAGACUCUGAGCAAGAGAAAAUUCUCCUAAGAAAGGAGUUAGAGGAAGUCACAGCAGCAAAAGAGGCCCUGCAACUUGAUCUUCUAGAAAUGAAGAAAACAAAUGAAAAAGCAAGCCUUGAAAAUCAGACUCUUUCAACACAAGUUGAAGAAUUAUCUCAGACAUUACAUAACAAAAAUGAAGUCCAUAAUGAAAAGGCUCUUGUAAUAGAACAUGAAAAUGUAAGGCUGUUGCUUGAACAGAGGGAAUCUGAACUCCAAGAUGUGAGAGCAGAAUUGAUGCUGCUAAAGGAUUCCUUAGAGAAAUCGCCUUCUGUAAAAAAUGAUCAACUUUCAUUGGUAAAAGAGCUGGAAGAAAAAAUAGAAAGUCUGGAAAAAGAAUCCAAAGACAAGGAUGAGAAAAUAAGUAAGAUAAAACUAGUUGCUGUGAAAGCAAAGAAAGAACUAGAUUCUAACAGGAAAGAGGCCCAGACACUACGGGAAGAACUCGAAUCCAUCCGGUCAGAAAAGGACGGCCUGUCUGCUUCUCUGAAGGAGUUCAUCCAAGGAGCAGAAAGCUAUAAGAAUCUUCUGUUAGAAUAUGAUAAGCAGUCGGAACAACUGGAUGCGGAAAAAGAACGUGCUAAUAAUUUUGAACAUCAUAUAGAAGACCUUACCAAACAAUUAAGAAAUUCAACUUGCCAGUGUGAAAGGCUAACUUCAGACAAUGAGGAUCUCCUGGCUCGAAUUGAGACCCUGCAGGCUAAUGCCAAGUUAUUAGAAGCACAGAUCUUAGAAGUCCAGAGAGCCAAAGGAGUAGCAGAAAAAGAACUGGAAGCUGAAAAACUUCAGAAAGAGCAGAAAAUUAAGGAACAUGUCAGUACUGUAAAUGAGCUCGAAGAACUCCAACUUCAAUUUCAAAAAGAAAAGAAACAGCUUCAGAAAACAAUGCAAGAAUUAGAGCUGGUUAAAAAGGAUGCCCAACAGACCACAUUGAUGAAUAUGGAAAUAGCAGAUUAUGAACGUUUGAUGAAAGAAUUAAAUCAAAAGUUAACAAAUAAAAACAGUACGAUAGAAGAUUUGGAGCAAGAAAUGAAAAUUCAGAAACAGAAACAAGAAACUCUCCAGGAAGAAAUAACUUCACUGCAGUCUUCGGUACAGCACCACGAAGAGAAGAACACCAAAAUCAAGCAGCUUCUUGUGAAGACCAAGAAGGAGCUGGCGGACGCAAAGCAAGUGGAAACCAAUCACAUCCUACUCCAAGCAUCUUUGAAGGGUGAGCUGGAAGCGGCCCAGCAGCAAGUAGAAGUCUAUAAAAUUCAGCUGGCUGAGAUGACAUCUGAGAAACACAAGAUCCAUGAGCAUCUGAAGACUUCUGCAGAACAGCACCAGCGCACACUGAAUGCAUACCAGCAGAGGGUGGCAGCCCUGCAGGAGGAGAGCCGCAUUGCCAAGGCAGAACAAGCUGCUGUCACCUCUGAAUUUGAGAGCUACAAAGUCCGAGUUCAUAACGUUCUAAAACAACAGAAAAAUAAAUCUGUGUCUCAGGCUGACACUGAGGGAGCUAAACAAGAAAGGGAACACCUGGAAAUGCUGAUUGACCAACUGAAAAUCAAGUUACAAGACAGCCAAAAUAGCUUACAAAUCAGCGUGUCGGAGUUCCAGACCCUGCAGGCUGAGCACGACACUCUGCUAGAGAGGCACAACCGGAUGCUGCAGGAAACUGUGACCAAAGAGGCUGAACUUCGGGAAAAGUUAUGUUCAGUUCAGUCUGAGAACACCAUGAUGAAGUCUGAGCACGCGCAGACGAUGUGUCAGCUAACAUCCCAGAAUGAAGCGCUCCGUAACAGCUUCCGAGACCAAGUUCGACACUUGCAGGAUGAGCACAGAAAGACAGUGGAGACUCUGCAGCACCAGCUCUCCAAGGUGGAGGCUCAGCUCUUCCAGCUCAGGAGUGAGCCCUCCUCGAGAAGCCCUGCUUCCUCCCAUCAACCUUCAAAAAGCCUCCGAGAAAGAAGAGCCACGGACCUCCCCCUUCUGGACGUGCACACGGUGGCCCGCGAGGAGGGGGAGGGGAUGGAGACCACUGACAGUGAGUCCGCAUCGUCUGCCGGCACACACAUCCAGUCCUUAGAGCAGCUCCUUAGCUCUCCUGACACCAAGCUUGAACGUCUUUCAGAGGCCUCCUCAUGGCAUAAUGAAUUUACCAAAGAGGAACUGGCUGAGAAGCUCACUUCCACCACGAAGAGUGCGGAUCACUUAAACGGCCUGCUUCGGGAGACAGAGGCUACCAACGCUAUCCUGAUGGAGCAAAUUAAGCUUCUCAAGAGUGAAAUUAGAAGACUGGAAAGAAACCAGGAGCGUGAGAAGUCUGUGGCUAACCUGGAGUACUUGAAGAAUGUCUUGCUGCGGUUCAUUUUCCUGAAACCCGGUAGUGAAAGAGAGAGGCUUCUUCCUGUGAUAGACACCAUGCUGCAGCUCAGCCCUGAGGAAAAGGGAAAGCUGGCCACAGUUGCUCAAGGUGAGGAAGAAAGUGCUUCUCGUUCCUCUGGAUGGGCGUCCUAUCUGCAUAGCUGGUCUGGACUGCGGUAGAUCGAUACAAAGAAGAUUGUUUAGUGACUCAACAGAAUUCCUCUGGGGGAAAAAUGGUUAUCAUUAUUUAAUGAGGAAGUGUGCAUAUCUGUUCACAUCCCCUGAUGAUUUUAUGUAUGUCUAGCCCAUGUAUUUAGAAUCUCAUCCGGUGGUAAAAGGACAACAGCUUGAAGCAAUGGUACCAACUGUCCACAGCCCUCUAACUGAGCAUGUGACCUCUGUGUUCUCCAUCCACAGAGGAAACAGUUCAUUCCUGAACUCUGGAACCCCAGGAGAUGCUCAUUUCUAAGUAGUACUGUGAAUUUUGAUAUUGAACUAAAUUUUAGUCCCAUACAAACUGGGGAACUUAAUCUUUUAAAAUAAUGUUUCAAGAUUGAAGAAAUGCUUUUUUGGUAAAGUUACCAUGUUUAUUAAAGGAUUAUGAAGUAACUAUGCUAUGGUUAAUUAUGAAGCUAAGUUAAAUUGCAAUUCAGUCAGUUGCUUUAAAAUAGACCCCCUCUCCCAUUUGUUAGUUUCAAAUUUGACCCUAGUCCCGGUGAUGUGCCGCUGACUGAAUAGGCCGGCCCCACCUCACUGGUGUGUCUCCAUGGUUCUCCAGGCUUAGUCCGCUGCCACUGCUCAUAAGCCAUGAGUCUAGAAUUCCCUGGGUCUCAGAGCAGUGACUGUCUCACUCAGCAUUGAAUCUACACGUGUGCCUGGUGCUUCCUGUAUUGUUCAGGUAGACUUAUUUCCUGAGCAUGGCCCCAGGAGUUCAGGCUACUGGUGAAUACGCCCAGCUGGGAGGUGUCUCUGUCCUUAUUGUCUCUGGAAAUACUAUAUUGACUGGAUUAAAAUUGUGCUCUUAAAUCAAAUUUGAGGAUUAUAUUUUAAUAUGUAAUUUGUUAAGAAAUAACCACAGAGUGCUGUCUGAAGUAUUAAGCUUACGGUUUAGUCUCCAAUUUUGAGUCUCAGCUAGAAACUGUACUUCAGUCACUGUGACUAUUGGUUUCCAACCUGGUUUGGCUGACAUUUGCUGCUGACAUGUUGAGUUUGUUCUCUUAAAGCUGUCCAUCUCUCAGUGUUCGCUCAGCCUGUGUGAGAACAGACCUAGCGAGUGAGUGUGCUAAUUAGCACACCUUCCUCAGCUGACUCUAGAAGGUGAGGUUCUCUACCGUCAUAAACUGUGAAUGUGAGUGUGCCCUGCGGCAUCCCGUGUCAUUGUAGUUUAUUUAAAUAAACCCCAUGUUUUCUUUGGGCCUAACAUGCCUUUAAGUCUGUAUAAACUUGUUUUCAAAUCUAAUCUGUUCAUAUGAAUAUAAUAAAAGUACCUUUUGCAUGGUAAAAAUUACUUUGAUUACAAAAGACAUAUAUGCUUUUUUGUGACCAGCUGUAAGGAACUGUAAUGACUGAUAUUUCUAUUAAAUGCACUUAACUAUAUAUUUUUAUAACUACUGUUCUGUUAAACACUGUCUCUUUGGGGUUUUAAAUUGCGUUGUGAAGUGAAGUUGCAAACUCCUUUCUUACUGUACCUCCAUGGCUGGGAUCUGAUGGUACUGAAAAUGUGUUAUGGACUGAGCUGCUCAGGAGGCCACUGCGGAAAAAUUCCUCUCAGCUCAGGAAUUUGAGGCCAGCCUAGUAAGGCACCCUCCCCCUAACCUCUGAAGAAGAUACAGACAGACAGUCAUGGUGGCACAUGCCUCUAAUCCUAAGAUGCUGAGGUAGGUGAAUCGCUAUGAAUUUGAGGCCUGACUGGUCUGCAUUGGGAGUUGCAGUCCAGCUAAGGGCUAUGUAGUGAGACACUGUUAAAAGAGAAGAACAG